AUGGUGGAGAGAACGAUGAGUUUGGGGGUAGGAGGUAACAAUGGAGAAACCUCUGGGGUUAGAGAAACAAUGUGGGCACAACAAGAGCUUCUUCAGAAAAUCAAUCAAGAGCUUGACGCUGAACGCGAAGCUUCUUCUUCGGCUGCUUCCGAGGCCUUAUCGAUGAUUCUUCGUCUUCAAGGAGAAAAAGCAGCUUUGGAGAUGGAAGCUAGUCAAUACAAGAGAAUGGCUGAGGAGAAGAUGACUCAUGCCGAAACCUCUCUUGCUCUAUUCGAGGAUUUGAUUUACCAGAAAGAAAUGGAGAUUGCAUCUCUUGAGUUUCAGGUCCAAGCUUAUAGAUGUAAAUUACUCAGCCUUGGUUGCUCUGAUCCUGCCGUUGUAGAGAACAGAUUCCCGGAGAAUCUCAUCUUCUUCGGUGAAACCUCAUCUCGUGUGAAUCAAAAGAGGAAAAUGAAACGAAAUCUAUCGAGUCCAUUCGAUGUAAUGACCAGUGAGAGAAGUCCUAUUCUGUCUGAUAUUAGUGGUGAAAGCUUUGAAGAUAGGAAAGGUAUUGAGACUUCUUUAUCUCCUCGUGAAGAUUUGAAUGCUUAUUGGGAACAGAUAAGGAGAAUCGAUGACCAUGUUCGAGAGAUUUCGGAUACUAGAGAAGCUCCGAAAGAGACUAAAUUCCCUUUGCUUAGGCGUGAGUCUUUGUCACAUGCAUUGGUGUCACAGGUUAGCAAUACGAUCCUCGAGUCAGCUAAGAGCGAUGUUAGUUCCAUAAUGGAGAUGAUGAAGAACCCUGAUAGAUUCUCUGUAAAAGAUGCAUCUUUAGAGACUUUGACUCCGUCUCCAAAUGUUCAAGACAUUUUUGAGGUUCCUAAGACGAAGGAAGGCCUUACAAUUAUCUCGGAAGAAGAGGAACCCGAAGAUAGAAAUGUUAGAGGCAAGAUGGUGACUAGUAAUUACGAAAGAAAAGCGAGUAAGCCGCCAAGAGAUACAAGCAUCAAGGGAGAACAUUUGAGUUUGCUAAAGGAGAUUCGAGAACAGCUUAAUGUAAUGCAGUCAGAGAUGAGAAGGUUAAGAUCAGAACUGCAUCAAUCUAAACCUGUGUCUCGUCCCCACGAGGAUCGUGCCCUUAACUCAAUUCAAGAGGCAAUGAUUCACUUCUGGCUUUAG